GACAGCAUCCACAUUUACACACACUGACAUAUACAUACAGCAUCCCGUCAGAUCCAUGCGUGGAUUCCUCCCGAAUGUAGGACUAUCUAUCCGCGCUGAUGAACCGCCCUGCUACCCGCUGAUCUGCUGAUCUGCUUCCAGAUGAAACCACGAGAUCUCUUCACUGAUUGGUCCCGAUGGUUGUAAAAACGCUCCUUCCCUACCUCUUAGUAAACCUGGACAAGAAGGAUGUGAUUACGUAUCAAACUGAAAAAUCUCUGCACCUUGAAGCAUCUAAGAAACAAAACACUCUGAGUCAAUUAGAUGGAGGAAAGAGAGAGGAGUAGGAGUCGAUCCCCUCGUAGGGUUCGUCGGGUGGAGCAGGUCGUAGGAAGAUGGCUCCGCCGAUCACAAAACUCCCUCAGCAGGGAGCGUAUUCUGUGGGACCGGAAGUCGAGCCGUUCAGAGAAUGGAGGCCAGCACCAUUACCCAGUGAAGGAGACGGUGGAGGUGAUUAGAGACACUGUGCUGAACUCCCAUGGCUUUACACUCUCAACACAGCUUCCCCUGCUGGUCAGGGAUGUGAUUCCAGGAGGACCAGCAGACGGUCGCCUCUUACCUGGUGACCAGGUGUUAAGACUAAAUAACAAAGCCAUAGAUGAUAUGUCUCCUGAACAUGUAGAGAACAUGAUCAGGGAGUGCCAGGAUUCUGUAACUGUGACCAUCCUCAGAAAUAUGCUGAACCCCAAGUCCUCGUUGAUGACAGCAGAAAAGAGAGCUCGUCUGAGAAGAAAUCCGGUUAAAGUGCGCUUUGCCGAGGAGGUGGUCGUCAACGGACACACUCAGGGAAACUCUCUUCUCUUCCUGCCCAACGUUUUAAAGGUGUACUUGGAGAAUGGGCAGACCAAAGCCUUCAAAUUUGAUAGAACUACAUCUGUUAAGGACAUUGUGCUAACUCUGAAGGACAAGCUGUCGAUUCGGUGUAUUGAAUAUUUCUCCCUGGUGCUGGAGCAGCAGUAUAGCAUCACCAAACUCCUCUUACUGCAUGAAGAUGAGCUUAUACAGAAGGUGGUGCAGAAGAAAGACUCUCACGAUUAUAGAUGUCUCUUCCGAGUGUGUUUCAUCCCCCGGGACCCUGUCGACAUACUACACGAUGACCCAGUUGCUUUCGAGUACCUUUUCCAGCAGAGCGUUGGAGACGUGUUGCAGGAGCGGUUUGCCGUGGAGAUGAAGUGUAAUACGGCAAUAAGGCUGGCAGCACUGCAUAUGCACGAAAGGAUGGCCAGCUGUGGACAAACUACCAGAGCAUCUGUAAAGAAUAUCAUUAAAGAGUUUGGCUUGGAGAGUUUCAUUUCACCCACGUUGCUGAGGAACAUGAGGGAAAAAGACCUGCGAAAAGCUCUUACAAGUCACAUGAAGAAGAUCCAGUCACUGCUGGAACCUCGACAGAAAGUUAUCUCUGUGCCUCAGGCCAGGUUAGCGUAUCUAACUCAGAUGGGAGAGCUGAUUUCAUACAGUGGAAGAUCCUACAACGCCACCAUGCUGCUGCAGGACCGGGAGUCGUUGGUGAGUUUGUUGGUGGGAGCACGGUUUGGUGUCAGUCAGAUACUCAAUCAUAAGCUGAAUAUGAUCUCAACCAUCAUAGAUUUCCAUUAUAUCUCACGUGUAGAGGUGCUGUCCGAGUCGGACAGGGUCAGCAUGCUAAAGAUCUACCUGCACGAUAUCCAGCCCUUGGCCUUGCUAAUGGAUGCAGUAGCUGCUAAGGAUUUGGCUUGUCUACUUGCUGGCUACUGCAAAUUGUUGGUGGAUAACAACAUAAACGUGUUCCGCUGGGGUCCUCGUCCCAAAAUACGCCGUAUACCCAUAGAUGAAGGCUUCAGAUUCCGUUGUGGCAGUGACUCGGAUGACAGCUCGGACGAGGACUACUCCAUGGACAAUCUAGACGCACAGCUCUCUGAGGACACUGUCUCAACUCAUACGAAUGAUGAUCGAGAAGAUGAUGAAGGACAUAAACAUGAAGCCAAGACUGAGAUAGUAAGAGUGAUCGUGACCCACACAGAGGAUGACUGCAGAGUUGAAGGUGCAAUAGAAGCAACAAGUACAAGUGGAUCUAUUGAAGACGAAGACUAUGCAGCCAAAGUAGAUGCACUUCUUGAGACGGGGUGGUACACUGACCCAAGAGUCAACAGCAGCUUUUCGAGUCUCUCCAGUAGCUCCCUGAAUGCUCUUGAGGAAUGUAGCAAGAUUUACACUACAUGGCCUGCUCGUUUGGACACUUGUCAGGAGGAAAUGUCCAAAUCAGAUCAAGCUUCUGAGGCUACUAGCCUAGAUGUCCACCAUCCAUACCUGUUAGAGAUACCUGACAGCCGGAACGAGAAAGAAUCAAACGCCACCAGCUAUCUGCCUUAUGAUAAGCACCCAGGCUUGAGGUACAGGGAGCUCUCCGAAAUCUCUGACUCCCUUCCGAGCCCUCCCGAAGCCAGUGAUGAUGCACUAAGUUACGAUGAAGAGGAGGGUAGAGAUGAAAACAAAAAUUAUAAGCCUGCAGAUCUUGAGGUUCUGUUAGCUGCAGGUAGUACCAAUAGCAUAAAAUCUACAGUUUCUGGCAUUAAUGUUCAAGCACUUUUAGCACGGAUUCGUAGCCACCCAGCCUGUAUGCAAGAGUGGAGAAAUUCUAACCUCAACCAGAAAGAGAAAAUGCAAUCAAAUGGGCAGUCCACCAGAGAGAAGGGUCAACAACCACCUUCUUUAAGGGUAGCAGCCAAGAGUAGCAGAGACAGCGGUUCAGAAUCAGAGGACGAGUUCUACGAUGCCCAUGAUCAUCUCACUCCACCAGUCCUACAACGACAUGCAGACAAGAAAGCAAAAGUGCAUCGGCUGGACCAUGCUCUGCAAAUGACUGAGAUAGUCAAUCUGGAGAAGGCAUCAGCACCUGAGACCAUGCCAAGAAGAGCAAACAAGCAGGACAAUGAGACUUCCCUACCUAUUAUCAGAAGCAACCUAAAGAAAGAACCUUGCCUCCUUAAUCUUGCCUCUGAAGCAACAAUUAUGGGUGAAAGAGAGUUGGAUAGUAAAGCGCUAAACCUGCUCCCUCAAUCAACCUUGCUUGAAUGUAAGUCAGUUUUGGAUAAUCAAAUCUCUGAGCCAAAAGGCCAGCAGUGUAACGGAGAUAUUUCUGGACGCAAUGCUCACCUGCCGUCAGAGCUUUUAGAAAUGGAACCUGAUACAAUGGAGUUUAAACCUGUUACAGGCGGUCCACCAAUGUCUUCGCCCUUAAUCACAGCAGUGCGGCGAACUAACUCCCAGCCAGUGACCACAGCAGAUCCUGCAAAAUGUUCGAGUGACGGACUAAAUGACACAAAACCUGUAGAGAAUAAAAUAAAUGGAAUAACUAGAACCGAGGAACAGGCAGAACAUGGAGCACAGCAUGUUGUGCAAUCUAAGGCAGACGAUACAGCACCGGUUUCUACAAAACCCGAACCCACGUCCAACGUUUCUCAAUCAGAUGCCCCUGUUAUAAAAAACGACGACAUAAAACCACCAAAUGGGGUUUCUUUGCAUCCCUGGUCCCAACGGAAUGGGGCAGCACCAGGUACAGUUCUGAGUAAGGGGCAUUCUCUGAGCCAUGAGAACCUCAGGAGUAAACUAAGCAAUGAAAAUAAUGCAGUUACAGUAAGCAGUGCCUCGACUCCUACAUCCACUCCACUCUUAUCUGGCCCUAUCAGAGGAUCUUUAAGCAUGGAUCCCAAAGAUCCAUUCAGUACUGGGCCUAGUUUCAGUAGCAGAACUUCUUCUGGUCGUCUAUCAGCUUCAGAAUUACGUGGAAAGAUCCAGGACAUGCCCUGGUAUCUUACCCGUUCCCAGGAAAUUUUAGGCACAGUGGCACUGAGUCAAAAAUCCACAGAAAAUAAAUCAUCCAAGGAUUCAUCUGAGCACAAUGAAUCUAAAAAGGAAUCACCAACAACUAGAUCAGUGCCUGCAUUGAAUGACUGGAAGGAGAAAGAUGCCGAAGUCAUCGUUGUUAAACUCAAAGAUGGGCCGCAAGAAGUGACCACUGCUGUAAAAGAUAGAAAUGAAAAUGUGUCUUUGGCUAGUUAUCCAGACCUGAGGCAGAAUGGACUAAAAGACUCUAAUGAACUUCUCUCACAUUUGGGAACUUGUAAAUCAGAACAGCCCAGGUCUCAAAUAAACACACAAGAUGGUCUGGAAAGACCUUCACCUCCGUCCAGCAAUUCCACACCUCAACACGAUACAUGUGGCUGUCACAACGUUUACACCAACUGCUUCAGUGGAGAUACGGAGGAUUUGUGUGGCUUUGAUGAUAAUCUAACGGUGUACGAGUUUUCUCGUCAGAAACGAAUCAGCAAACCGCCCCAGACAACCCAGGCACCAUCCCAUAACAUUCUGUCCCUGCUUAGAGACACGCCUCGCCCUCUUUCAACCUCUUCGGAGCUUAGUCCGCUUGUGACCCCACCCCGGCCUCGACCCUCAGGUCCAGUGUAUGAUCCGCUCCGAGAUCUUCAGAACAGACGGUACGUAACAGGAUUAAAGGGUACAGGGCUUAAAGGGGGCUACACAUCCCUGCACAAAGACAUCGAUGCACUUCUGGUAGUGCUUAAGAACGGAGAGACCGCAAUAAACCCCACAUCCUACAAGGCUCAGUGCGAAAAGAGUAGCAGUAUGAACGGUAACACCUUUUCGGAAACGGAGCGCUGCUUGGUACAGGCCGAGGCACGGAGGCUGGCUUCCGGAUGCCAGCGUGCCACACGGGUUGGUUGGGCACCAGACGAUGCCCUUCUUUCUCUAGGCAAUAGCUUCGGGGCUCUGGUACAUCUCGCAGCAGCUUGCCUUCAGAUUUCCUGUUCGGACUGUGGACGUUGCCAUGGCGAUGUAGACGGAGCCGAGGCGCUACAAAAGCUUCAGGAAAUUGUGUGUCUUUAUAAGGAGUUCGUGACGGCUGUAGAGGCGGCCCAGGAAGCCGAGGGGGUCAGGCUGUUGGCCAAACAGUGUACGGUUCUGAUCUCAACAGUCUUCUCACUUACUCAGCUCUUUAGAACACACACGCCAGACACGGACAAUAGGAGUUUAGCCUUGAACUUCUGAAUUUGGAGCGUCCGAGUAAAACUGAGCUAAGCACUCAAUAAGACUUAAAAAUGUGUGCUGGCACACGGAAUAAAAGUAAGUGCCGUACACACAACAUCGGGCAGAUAAGUCCUCUAAAACUGGUGGUCUUGCCAAGUCUCCUAAUGAACUGAUGGGAUGCUUUUAAUACAUACAGUAGCUAUUUUCUAACAAUUCCUUACUUAUGUAUGUA